ACACGGUCACAGUCUUACUGCCUGUAGUUUUACACUUUCUCUUCUGUCUCACUCUCCAACAAACAUACUUACCAUGUAUACCAAUGCCACUUCACUCUCUUCCUCUCUCUCUCUCUCUCUCUCUCUCUCUCCUUUUCACGCAAAAUGAGCGUUUCUCUAUCUCUGUGCUCUUCCAUUGCCUUUAAAAGCUUUUGUCUUGCUCUCCCUAGAAACCACAAUCACAAUGCUUGUUUUUGGUACUGGUAGCUUAGUCUUGCUGCUAUUGUAGUAUGUCUGUCUGUCCACUGUGGGAGUGAGUGAAGCAUAUGUGUGUGUGUCUGUUUGGUUUAGCUAAAAUUUCGGAGUAAAAAAAGUACUACAUUGUUUUGGUCUAAGCUGUUCAGCUUUUGUUUGUUCGAUUUUUAAGGUUCUUAACAGCACUAAAUUUUGAAACUUUCAUCUCUGUUAUAGCUACUGAUUACUCAAGGUGAUGCUUUUUUUUUCAGUUUGCAUGUACAUUUUUGUGAUCUGGGUGUUGCCCAUAUGGAGCAUUCAAGCAUAUUCCAAAACCCAUUUGGGGUUGAGUGAUUUUGGGUUUAUAUGAUCAAGGGUUGGGUAUGCACUAAUGGGUGUUUUUGAAUUUUGAUUAUUUAAUCGGUUUUUGUGUUUCUGGGUUGUUUUAUUUUUGUUUUGGUGGUUUUUGAUUGCUAAGGUUAUAUGCUGCUGCAUUUUGAUGUUUUUGGGUUUGGGGAGGUUGUGUUAAAAUAGACUGGAAUGGUGGUGAUUGCUGAAAUGGGAUGCUUUUGAGAUAUGAGAGUUAGUUUAGGGAUUUGAGAGAUGGGGUUAGGUCCUGAUGCUUUUAAUGUUGGGGCUUGGGAUGUGGAAAAAUCAAAGGGAAGGAAAAAGAAAGAUGAAGAAAAUGAGAUGACAGGAUGUUGGUUUAAGUUUAGGUUCAUUGGAAGUUGCAUGUCUUCAAAGUCCAAAGUGGAUGGCUCUAUGAGUGGCACUAGCACUCAAUAUGCGGAGAGUAAAUCUACAAAUGAUACCAGCCAAGACCAGCCAGUUGCUCCUGUUGUGUCAUCCUCGACAACUAGCAUAGCAGAAAGUACUCCAUCAACUCCCAACUUGGUUGAGGAAUUGAAAGUUGCUUCACAACUUCGAAAAUUCAGUUUUAAUGAGCUUAAGUCAUCAACGAGGAGUUUUAGACCUGAGAGUCUUCUUGGGGAGGGUGGGUUUGGUUGCGUAUUCAAGGGUUGGAUCAAUGAGAAUGGAACUGCUCCGGUGAAACCUGGAACAGGGGUUGCAGUUGCAGUAAAGACCCUCAACCAUGAUGGACUACAAGGUCAUAAAGAAUGGCUGGCUGAAGUUAAUUAUCUCGGUGACCUUCUCCACCCUAAUUUGGUUAAAUUAAUUGGUUAUUGCAUUGAGGAUGAUCAGAGGCUACUUGUCUAUGAGUUUAUGCCUCGAGGAAGCUUGGAGAAUCACCUUUUUCGAAGGUCCCUGCCUCUUCCUUGGUCCAUCAGAAUGAAAGUUGCCCUUGGUGCUGCAAAGGGCCUUGCCUUUCUUCAUGAGGAAGCUGAAAAGCCAGUUAUAUAUCGAGAUUUUAAAACAUCUAAUAUCCUGUUGGAUGCGGAUUACAAUGCAAAACUUUCUGAUUUUGGACUUGCCAAAGAUGGUCCAGAAGAUGGGAAAACUCAUGUAUCUACCCGAGUGAUGGGAACUUAUGGUUAUGCUGCCCCGGAGUAUGUGAUGACAGGACAUCUUACAUCGAAGAGCGAUGUCUAUAGCUUUGGGGUUGUUUUGCUUGAAAUGGUGACUGGCCGAAGAUCCAUGGACAAAACCCGACCAAAUGGGGAGCAUAACUUGGUGGAAUGGGCAAGGCCACAUCUUGGAGAGAGGCGAAGGUUCUAUCGACUUCUAGAUCCUCGGCUCGAAGGCCGCUUCUCAGUCAAAGGUUCUCAAAAAGCGCUUCAGUUGGCUGCCCACUGCCUUAGUCCUGACCCUAAAGCCAGACCUCUGAUGAGUGAAGUUGUUGAAGCACUAAAGCCUUUGCCCAACCUCAAGGACAUGGCCUGCUCUUCAUCAUUCUUUCAGGCUAUGCAAGCAGAGCGUUUGGGGUCCUACCCAAAUGCUAGAAACUGCAGUAGAAUCCAGACAGGGUUUUCUAGGAAUGGACAACCAACAAGGAGCCUCUCCAUACCAAAUGGUCCGCAUGCGUCUCCAUAUCACCAUCACCAUCUUCACCGCUCCCCAAAACCAAGUGUUUCAAAGCCAUAACAUUGAGAACCAUAUUAUCUCUUCUGUACCCAUUUUGUCUCCUUUUCUUUUUAUGUCAUCUUUUAAGGGAUGUAGGAAUCUUUCCCAACAGAAGAAAAAAAAAAAUCUGGGGGUUGUUUUGAAAAUCAAUGUCGAUGUUUUCUUUAUGAGAGAUGACAGUGUGGCUUGCUCUCUAUGUUUUGGAGAUUGGAGUUUUGUCUUUUUGAUAUGUAACUGGUGAAGUUGCCCUGGAGAGAAUCAUGAAGCUGCACUUAUAUGGAGGGAGUAUUAAUCCAAGUUACUGUGUUCUGUUGAAUUUUGAAGUGGAGAUUUUCUAUCCAACUUUGGCAGACUACUUGCUCUUGAUUCAUCACAUCAGAACAGCAGAUGCUUUUAUAUGAUGCUUCAGGUGAACUAUUCAACUAUUCUUUAGAUUUUGCCUUCUUGUUUCAAUGCAAUUUUUUUUUUUUGUGAAAUUCCUUGUAGCUUCAAAUAUGUAAUAAUAUGAUAUUCUCCCAUCAUAAGUCCUUGAUGACACA